AUGCCUCGCCCAAAGAAAAAGGUCCUUGAUCCUUCGUUUGAGAGCAUCAGUCCCGAGGAUGUUCGGUGCACCAUAUGCGAUCAGGUGGCACCAACGCGCUCUACUCUCAAGCUCAAGAGUGCGGGCAAGCACUUGGAGACGCAGUUUCAUAUAAGCAAUGUCGGCAUUGUGGACCAAAGGCGUAAAGACGAGCAGGAGCGCCUUGCUCGCCGUGCUGCCAUAUACGCCCCUCGGGCCAUGCCAAACCCUGCUUACAACCCACCGCCCGUAUUACCUCGGCCAUCUAUGUUUGAUCAUGUGCCAUUUGACGCGCCCGAUCCCUCGACUCUGAUCCCCACGGACAUGCAAGUCGAUGAGCCUCUUGAUGUCGAAGCAGAGCGUCGGCGCCUACAGUCGCUUGUUGACCUUCUUCUUGAUCAAGCAUAUCACGAGGAAGAGUAUGGAGCAGAGGAUGACGGUGAAGAAGCGGUCAACCCUAUCAACCUCUCGGGUGAUGACGUAGACAUUGACCUUGACUUUGAUGAAGUCAACGAAGCCACGGACGGGGUAUACAACGGGAGGUUCAAACCCUAUCCGAACAAGAUCUCGAUGCUGCUUGAUGUUAUUGACAACCUCCCCCGGAUGCGGCUCUCAAGCGCCCACCUACGCAUUAUCAUGUGGCUGCUGAAGGAAUGCGGUGUACGAAAUGUCCCUUCGUACGAUAGAUUUCGCAAGACCCAGCGAGAUCUUGGCGCAUUGUGCGGAGUCGAGACGGUACCACACAAGUCGAUGUUCGGCAACAAGUUCUUCGUCAACGAUGUGGCACAGUCUAUCGCACUUGACUUCGCCAAUCCGCAUGUUGCGCCCCUGCUACACUUUUAUCCAGAAGAGGUGUCCGGGCCAAUAUCUGAGGUCUGGCAGGCGGAUCGGUGGAAGGAAUACAAGGCCGAAGACCUGACGCCAAUGUAUUCCCGCGAGAACAAGCGGUUUUUUAUCGAGGAAUUAUGCCAGCUCGACGACGGAACAUAUGUGAUACCGCAUGACUGGGUCAUCCGCAACGGUUCAUUGACAGCACGCUGCACGGUGGUGCAGCCAACGCCAGCGGGCCUGUGGAUGAUAUCUGCAGAGGAGCGGAUUGCGCUGGCUACAUCCUUUGCAUACACUUACGAGGAAGUGGUUGCACGUAUUGGGAAGCCUCCUGAGUGGGACUCUGGCUGUGAGAAAGCACCGCACACAAUGCCCAAUCCACUGCGAGAUCUAGCACCUGACUGCGAUAUCUUCGUCGUCAUGGUCCCCCUCUGGGUAGACGAUGUUUCGGGGAAUCGAAGCAAGCAAUAUAACAAGCACAUCAACAUGUAUAUGGCGAAUUCAAACCUUCCUGGCCGCCUUCUUCAACAAGAGUUCUUCGUUCGCUUCGUCUCGACAUCACCUCACGCCAGUUCGCCCGAGCAGUUUGCCGCCGUUCGUGACCAAAUCAACGCGACACAGUCCAAACCCGUGAGAUGCUACAACGCUGCAUCGGGUAGGGAAUGCGCUAUCAUCUUGCGUGUUCCUGGUCUUCCUGCCGACAACCCCCAACAAUCGGAGGAAGCCUCGCAUAUUGGCGGUAAUGGUAAUUAUCCCUGUCGCAAGUGCGAGCUUGGCGGCACACAGGCCUUCAAGGAAACAUGUGAUGGCUAUCACGCCUACCAUUACGCUGGAAUCGCCCGUGAUGCAAGCAAUAUCCGGCAAGAACUUCAACGUCAACUCGACGUUGCCAUGCUUGGCGUAGCGAAUAACGUGAAGCAGAUGCAAACCGCUACCGGCACGAAGGACAAGGUCACGCAAUUUUGGAUCGAGAAGCUGCUCGCAAAAGCGCAGGAGGAAAAGAAGAAGAACUCGAGUCGAAGCGCGCAGGACAUUGCCGCUGAGUUGCGGAUAUGGCUGGACCAACAGCCUGGCGACAAGAUGAAUCCCCUUCUGGAUAUCGCCGGAUUGGACCCAUCACAAGAUACGCCAGUCGAGAUCCUCCACACUGUCUUGUUGGGUGUGGUGAAGUAUGCCUGGUAUAUGAUGCAUACUUCGUGGAAGGAAGAUGAGCGCAACCUCUUCGUUGCUCGCCUUCAAUCUACAGACCUUGGUGGCCUCUCGAUCCCGUCGAUCCGGGCUGGAUAUAUGAUGCAAUAUCGCAACAAUCUUAUCGGCAAGGAUUUCAAGACGAUCAUGCAAACGGCGCCGUUUCAUGUCCAUGGAAUCUCUGAGGCGACGUCAAAACACGCAGACCGCUUCCCGAUGCUCAAGGCUAUAGGCGAACUAGGGGCGCUACUCUGGGCACAUACGAUCGACGACAUGGACCAGUUCUUAGGCGAUAUCGAGAUCCUCACCGCCAAUGUACUCGACUCGUUCGACAUGGUUGACUGCAAGAAGAUCACGACGAAGAUCAAGCUGCACCUCCUCCCGCACCUCGUUCAAGAUAUCCGACGCUUUGGCCCGGCAAUCCGUAACUCGACCGAGGUCUUCGAGUGCUUCAAUGCCGUCUUUCGACAGUGCUCCAUUCUCAGCAAUCACCAUGCGCCCAGUCGGGAUAUUGCAAUCAAGCUGUCGUCGUUUGAUCGUGUCAAACACUUGCUCAGCGGAGGCUUCUGGAAGGAGAACGGUUCAUGGGUUCAGGCCAGUGAAGCGGUGCAGGAUGUUCUUAUGCGCCAGCCAAUUAUUCAGCGUCAUCUGGGCUGGGUCCCCGCAGGUCAAGAUCGUGCGGGAUCAGUGACGGCGGAGGGAAAAAAGAUUCCUCCCUGUCGCUGGUCAAAGACGCAUGCGGGGGCUGCAUCUGGCACAUCAAACAUACCAGUGCACGACCCCGACUCGCUAUGGCGUAUGGGCAAGUCAGCCAUCGCCCGUUCAGGCGAUCCUUGCCAUCCUGGCUCCUGGAUUUUUGCCGAGGUCGAGACAGAGCCCGCACAAAAGUCCACAGUUAUCGGGCGCGUCAAAGAGAUCUUACUACAAUCUUCUGACGCUCGCGCGCAUCCUCAAGCAUCGGAUGCAAUCAUCCUCUUGGAGGUCUUCGAGCUUGGGCAAAACCGCCACCCUGAUUUCAAUGCGCCGGUCCUCAGUCGUCCAGUUGACUCAGGCAGACGUUUACGCUUGUUGAGGCCAGAGGAUCUGUGUUUUGCCUUCUCCGCGCAGCACGACUGCCGAACGUUCGAAUGCGAUACAUUCGCAGAAGUCACCGAGAUCCAGGAGCACGAGAAAACCGACCGCAAGCGUAAGAUCCUCUUGCACAAUGAUGAUGACCACUUUGUGGUCAACAUCUAUGCUAUACACAACGCCGUCGAGCUGCGGCGAGCGGUGGAUCGUGAACUCAUCAAACCCAUACCACUUUUCUCAGAUCGUCGUGCGCACCAUGACACGUGUGCCAAGCAGCUGCAUAUAACGCAAAAAAGUCGCCGAGAAAUGCUUGCCCUUCGACGACGCCAGAAGAAGACGCAGCUCGAGGAGGCAGAGGCGCAAGCCCAGCAGGAAGAUGACGAGAAUGAUGAUGAGGAAGAGGGGUCAGAGGAUGAUAGUGAGUCAGACAGCGAGGUUGAAGAGGAUGCAGAGAUGGAUGGGGAUGAAGAGGAAAACGAGCUUGAAGAGCAGCGAGGGGUGGACGAAGGAACUGCACACAGACGGAAGCGGAAGCGUAGGAGACGCGGUUGAAUUCAUUCAGUUAUUGAUUUGCUGUACUUGCUCUUGCCCCACUUGUGC